AAAGAGAUAUGUCCAUGGAGACGUAUUCAACACCGAGACAAUAUUGACCGGCCUUCGGAAAAAUUGGCACAUAGUUCAAAUCAAGUACAAUAUCCAACUGUGACACUGAAAAGGGAAUAUACAUCAGGAACACCGGGACUGACGCGCAUAAGUGUCAUCGACAGAGCUGAAAGACAAAGACAAGCUAUACUUUCAAAGAGCUUCCACCAAGGUACGUAUGGUGUAUCGCCAACUCGAGAGUUUUCGGAGCCAUGCAAUAGCUUUCAAAUAUCAAAAAUCACAAUGAGAUCGGCUGUCAUCUUGGUCAUCACCCUGCUCGUUGUUGCAGCAGCCAACGCUGCCAUUCUCCGCCUGCAACAUUAUGAUUGCACCCCUGAGGAGAAACUCGAUAUCGCUGGAACCAACGGCAUUCCACACUGCUACGAGUGCGAAUGUGUAGCAAAUGGCGAUCAAACCACAGGCGCAUCCUGCCAUGGAACGGUGAUGAUACCAUACUAUGACCGCAGCAAAUGCGAAGGAUACCUUGAUAAAGAAAAGUGCGUGUUUGUUUUGACGAACAAGAAGGACCCGGAAGAGGUGUGUGAAAUCAUGGGAGGAAAAAUGAAUUAAAAGGCACACAACGAUAAAGGGGAAACGAGCUGUUAUUUAAGAAAUUUGCUCUUUUGGAUUAAUUUAGAACUUGGUAAAAUGACGUACAGAUUGAGCUUGGGGUAACUCCGUUCCCCCGUAUGUUUCUAUUUUUUAAAUUGGAAACGCCAAAAAUAAGUUUCUUUGUCAGAGUUUUAGAAGAAGACCCAACCUUAAUGGACUUUCUGGCGUUGCUCCUAGGAUGUCUAUUUACACUUAUUUGCUCACUGGAAUCAUUUGCAGCUUUCCUUGAUGUCGAUUUCAUAGCAAAGUGUAAAAACGUAUGCAGUCUUGAUUCAAUAUCAUGAAAUGUUAUGUUGACACCCUGGCGACAUCGUUGGAUUUUUGAAUUACAAGAAAGUAUGAGUCAAAAAAGCGCAAGUCAAAAAUCUGAUAAUCCGUGUGAAAGUAAUUGCAGUAUUUUCCCAUUUCUCAUUCCCCCUUGAAAGUACACAAGUGAGAUAACCUGUUUUGCCAUGCAAAGAUGAUUGCUGUCUAGUAUGUUUGAAAAAGAACCAUUAUUAAUUAUUUGUAAUGUCGCUAAAAUAGAGGUUCGUAUAUCCGACAUGAUCUAGCUCGAGACCCUUUUCCCCAAAGUUUGCUCGUUUAAUUAAUGUCCGUUUAUCAUUUUGGGUAUAUAUUCUUUUGAAAUUAAUUAUUCUUGUUUAUCCAUUUGAUCAAAAAUGCAUGCGAAAUUUCGUGGAGGGAGUUAACAUUUCUAUAGUCAUACAUUAUAGUCAUACACAUUAUGACGGGGGAUAAUGACCAACAAUCCUGAGAUUAUCUCACAUUGCCAUUGCUUAAACGAUCAAUACACAAGUUGCUACAUGGUAAUGAAGUGUUCUGCACUGCAUGUUCUAAAGACUGGGCCAGAAGCCACUUACUGCAUAUGUAUUUAGAUUAAUUAUUUAUUAAAUUGCAAAUAUCUCA